CAGAUUUAGUCUAUUAAGAUUAAAUGACAAAUUUAAUACAUUAGCAGAGUAGUAAAUAAAUCCUAUGUGGUGUCAAUUAUUAGAUUGCAGUGUGUAGAUCUAAUUAUGUUAUAGCUUCAUUGCUAGGGCUGUCUAACCCAAGGUCUGACCACAGAAUAUCUUAUUAGGUAUCAAGAGAUAGUCCUGGUUCAAUGGCAAUAUGGCAUCAAACAAGCAAGCAAGAAUGUUCCCUAUUAUUUUAGAUAUUAGCAAAUUAAAUGAGAUUGUACAGAUAUUGAAGCAAUACAGGUUUCCUGAGGCAAAAUGGUUUGAGUUUGGAUUGAAUCUUGGUCUCCUUUAUCCUACACUGGAAGCUAUUGAUGCUAAUCAUAGAGGAAAUACUUCACAUUGUCUCAUGGAGUGUUUAUCCAAGUGGCUGAAUAAAGCUGAUGAAAAGGUGUAUCCUCCUACUUGGCAGACAUUGGCUAGUGCUCUUAGAAAGUUAGAAGCAAAAGCAGUGGCUGAAAAUAUUGAGAAAACAAUGGCUAGCCAGCUACUACAGCAUUACAGUAGUAGAAUAUCUGGAGCAACACUCUCUGAAGAAUCAGUUGAUCUGUUACAUACAGAAGGACUGAUAUCUGAAGAGACAUUGAGGGAAGUGAAGAGUUGUGGAUACACACUAACAGAUGAUGCAAUGAGAGAAAUAUACACAGCAGUAGCUUAUGAUCAUAACAAAUUGAAAUCAUUUGCUAGCAUAUUAUUAAGAUCAACAGGCACUGUUAGUAUAGCCAAUGACUUAAUGAGAGAAUAUGAGGAUGUUUUUUCUGGAACAGAAAGUAAUGAGCAAAAUCAAUCAUUUAUCAAUACACCAAAUUCAGUUGAAGAAUCAAGUGUCAGGAUUACAGAAUUUGAGUUUCAAAUUUCAGAGGAGUAUACUUAUCAAUUUGACAAAAUGAGAGGCAAUUUUGGAACUUUCUAUUUCAAAGUCACUCGACUGGUAUCUCACACUGUAAGAGUGAACCAACUUGAAGAUUUCAUAGAAUUUCUUGAUGAUUGCUAUCCUGAGCUAGGUCCUAACCUAACCUCUGCUGCUACAGUGAAAGAUGUAAUGAAAGUUAUUAAAACCAAAUGCAAUGUCAUCAAUAUUGCACCAGUAGAGGAAGUGGUUAGUUUCUAUAGUAUAACAGAAGCUAAUCAAUUGAUAUCUGAUUAUAAUAAAACACUUGAUGAGUUCUGUCACAAACUGAAGCUUCAGUUCUUGCUUGAUAAGAAGCUUUCAACAAGCCAUUUUUUUAUUUGUGAAACAAUUGAGUUUGUUCUAGACUGGGAUCCUGCUGAGCACUUAUUGAAUGAUAUUCGUCGUUUAAUGGAGAAAGCAUUCAAAGGAUUGAGCAGAAGGAUCAUAGUCAAAAGCAUGCAUAAAGGGAACUCCAUCAUUAUCAUUUGUGGUGCUCCUACUCAUCUAAUGAAUGCUUUGCAAUUGAGGGCUUGUGAUAAUCUUACUGUGCUACAAGAAGAAUUUGCUUUGAUGAAAUUGAGAAUAGGACACUUCAAGGUCUAUGAUAGGACCAUCAGAGACAAAGAACUUAUGGUUGUUGCAGAGGAGAUUGAAAUGUGUGAAGGGGAAUCAGUAAAGAUGAAUCCAUACCACAAUGACAAAGAAAGUCUUCUUGCUAGGCAAGCAGCACAACUUAUACCUUUAAAGCACAAACAAGAAUUUAUCGACAGUAGCAUGCAGGCAUUAGAUUUUAAAUUUAAAGUCAAACAAAUGGAAAGAGAAAAGGCUGCAAGUACAAAAAAGCAAAUGCUAUUAAGAGAAAAUGAACAUUUACAAUCUACUCUAAGGAUCAGAAUAAGUCGAAAGCAAGUACUACAAGACAAUGAAAGAGAAAUUGGGGAACUACAGGAAAGUAUAUCAUCUAUUAGUGUGGAGCUGCUUAAAAUGCAACCUUCUUACAAUAAAGAAGUUAAAAUUACACAGACAGUGCUAUCAUCCAAUGGAUCUAUUUGUGAAGCUCAAGAUGAGUAUAAUGAAACAAAUAUUUCAUUCAAAAAGGGUGAACUACUUCAGUUAAGUGCAAAUGGACAUGAGGUACAAUCACUGGAGACUGGACAGAAGAGUGCUGUUCCAAUGAAAUACAUUGGAUACUCAAGAGUAGAAUUACUUUACUUGUUUCAGUUUGCAGUGACAAAGGAAGGAUUGUUCCUCCUACCUGUUCUCCUUGAUGAUGAUGAAAAAGCAGAAUAUUUUAUACAAAAAAUUACUAGUGAUCCUACUCUACUAAAAUCAUUGAGGGAAUUGACCACAAAGGAUAAAUUAUUCAAGGCUAGUUAUAAUUUUGAAGGACUAAGCGUAUAUGACUUAACUUUAAAGAAAGGAGAAGUACUUGAAGUUGUUAAAUAUCACGAAGAUGAUGAAUGGUGGUAUAUGCAUUCACUUCAUACAGACAGUAAAGGAUAUGUACCAAUUAAUUAUAUACUACCUAUUGAAGGAGAAUACUCACCAAUGUACUACAAGUAUGUCUACUAUCAUACAGUGAGUCGUGAUGAAGCAGAGGAGAGAUUGAGUCAAGCAGACACUCAAGCAGGUACUUUUCUAAUUAGAGAGAGCAUAUCUGGAACAAAUACUCUUUCCGUUAAAGAUGGAGCUACUAUCAGGCACUACCAUAUAUCCAUUGAGAAUAAUAAGUAUUAUAUAUACCCUCGUGUCAAGUUUGACUCACUCAAUGACCUGGUACAUCACUACAUGACUGAAGCUCAUGGUCUACCAUGCUCAUUAACAGUUCCUAUACCCAAGCAUGUAAACAAACCCAUUGCAAUAAAUAAAGAGUUGGAAAUUAAUAAAAUGGCAAUCAAGUUUUUAAAAUGCAUGCAUGCAGGACACUUUGGAGAGACAUGGAAGGGUAAUUGUCAAGGUGAAGGGUCAGUUAUCAUUAAAACAAAUAUAGCAACAAAUAUUACACAAGAAACAUUACUUGUAGAGGCUGGAAUAUUGAAAAAACUUCAUCAUAAGAACAUCAUCAGUCUAUAUGGUGUUUGUACUGAAAGUUAUCCUUUUUACAUUGUAACAGAACCAAUGACUAGAAACCUCAAAGAUUACCUAAUUACAAAUAAUCCUACACCAGCAGAGUUGGUAGAUAUUGCUAUUCAAGUUACUGAUGGUAUGAUUUAUCUAGGAGAACAAGAUUACAUUCAUUGUGAUCUAAGAGCCAUCAAUAUACUAUUAGGAGAUCAUAACACUGUCAAGAUAGCAAACUUUUAUCUUGCUCAACACCUCAAUGGCAAUAAAUACUGGACUGUUGAGAAAGGAACUAAGCUAGCUAUAAGAUGGACAGCACCUGAAGCAUACACUUUAAAGCAAAUAAGUAUUAAAUCUGAUGUUUGGUCAUUUGGUAUAUUACUAUGGGAACUGGCUACCAAAGGAAAUGGACCAUAUCCUGGUAUGACUGAUGAAAAAGUAAAGGAGGCAGUACCAAAAGGUUAUCAUAUGCCCAUACCCCGAGAUUGUCCUGAACCAUUUAAACAACUUAUGAUAAACUGUUGGAAAUAUAAAGACAAUGAAAGGCCUAGUUUCGACUAUAUUAUUGAUAUACUUCUCGAAUAUAAAAUAAGUUAUUUGUAAAUAUUUAUUUGGAAGCAACAGAGCCAUGCAUUCCAUUCUCAUUUCCUUUCUCCUUUCAAUCUAUAAUGUUAAUGAAUAAACAAACAGAAUGCAUUUGUUUUGUUUACACUAAAUGUCACAUGGUUAUGUAAAACAUUUUGUUUAUAAGAGACAACA